AUGCAUGCUAUCCAGCGCAGAGAUCCUAGCAACCUCAAGCUUGUGUUUAAGGCACGUCGCCGUAAGGUGUGCGUUGAGAGCAUUCUGACGACGGCUCGGUCCAAGCGCAAGGCAGAAGAGGCUGCGGCUACACCAUCCAGUACCGCUGCUCCCCUGCCGGACUGUGUGGACGUGGCCGAAGGCAUCUGCCCCAUUUCAGCGGAGCGCCUGAACCAGUUCUUCACGGCUGUGAACACCCCAGUGGGUGCCUUCAACCCCAUGGCAUCAGUCGGAGCCUCAUUCCGCACGGCCAUGGACCGCCUGCCUCCAGCAACCGUUGGGAUGGCGCUUCUCACGGAUGCGCCGUCGUCACAUGAGAUCGAGGACCAAGUGCAGCGUGCGUGGCAGUUCAAGCCCCGGCCUGAUCGGUGUCGGCUACGACAUCUAUAA